AUGGGCUCUUUCAACGUCGGUCUCUUCCCUUCUUUGAAGGGCUAUCCUCUCCAAAUCUCCAUCAUGUUCACUUCCGCCAUGGCUUUCCUCCUAUUUGGGUACGACCAGGGCGUCCUGGGCGGUCUCAUCACCACGCCCGAGCUGCUUGGCGGGCUCGGAGUGUCGCCCAAUGAUGCCAACCUCCAGGGAACCAUCGUCGCCAUUUACGACAUUGGUUGCUUCGUCGGCUCAGCCAUCUGUGCUGUGGUCGGACACAAACUGGGUCGUCGCAUCUACAUCGCCAUUGGGUCCCUCCUGCUCAUUCUUGGAGCCGGCUUGCAGGCCGGUGCGCACGGAACCGGAACCCUCAUUGGAGGCAGAGUCGUAGGCGGCAUCGGCAUGGGAUUCACCACGGCCGCCGUCCCCGUCUGCGUCGCCGAGUGCUCGCAGCCCCAUGUGCGUGGCGGAUUGGUCACCACGCAGAUCUCGAUUGUGAUUUUUGGCAUCGUGAUAGCCUACUGGCUGGACUACGGGACGAUCGCGAACCUGUCUGGCCAGAUUGUGUGGCGAUUCCCACUUGCGUUUCAGGCAGCGUUUUGCGUGCUGUGUUUGCUAGGUCUUCCUUUCCUCCCCGAGUCUCCUCGGUAUUUGUACUCUCAUGGCUAUCUCGAAGACGCAGAUCAGAUUGUCGCCCGGAUAUAUUCAGUCCCAGAUCAUCACCCUACUGUCGUCAACGUGCGAAGGGAGACCUUGGAAGCUCUCGCCGCGGAGAAAGAGUACAAGAUUCGUUGGGCAGACAUAUUCUGGGACACGUCCAACUUGAACACGGCCUGGCGUGUGUGGCAGGGUGUAAUCAUCAUGGUGCUCCAGCAAAUGGGCGGCCCAAAUCUCAUGGGAUACUAUUCCACGCUCCUGUUCACACGCAGUCUCGGCAUGAGCGAACACCAGGCGGCUUUGGCCUCAGGAGGAUCGUCCAUGGUCAUGUGGGGGGGCACCAUCUUUUGUGCUGUCACCGUGGACCGGCUCGGUCGCCGCACGCUGUUCCUCGUGGGUGGCUUGACGCAGUUGAUCAUGAUGGUGCUGUACACGACGGGCUUGGGUGUUGCCAGCACGACCACCCUGCGCAUGUCGACGGUAUGCAUCUUCCUGUACAACUUCUUUUUCGGGGCCAGCUGGUGCAGCGUGCCAUUCACGUACAUCCCGGAGAUCCUGCCUCUGCACGCCCGCGCCUUCGGCACGGCCAUUGCCGUUGGCGUCGAGUGGCUCAUGACCUUUAUCAUCGUCAAGGUCGGGCCCAUUGGCAUCUCGAACACCGGCUGGAAAUUUUACCUCCUGUUCUGCGUCGGCCUCUCGCUGCAGGUCUUGUUUGCGCUGUUCUGCAUCAAGGAGACCAAAGGCAUUCCUCUCGAGGAGGUCGACGCGCUCUUCGCCAAGAAAUCGACUCGGAAUGAUCUUCGUGCCCGCUUGACAGGGACCAUGCCCGAAGCCAAGAGCUCUCAUGUGGUGGAGGUCGAGAUGGAGGAGCACGAGAAGAGCGCUGUCUAG